UUUGACAAAAGCAUUUACGACAGUGUUAUGGCGACGCACGGGGUCAAUUUUGAGAGUUCCAGCAACAUCGACGAAAGGAAAGAAAAAAAGCGUCAGGCACGACAAGAGGCCAUAGAAAAGGCAAAGCAGCAGUAUGAGAGAGAAGAGAGAAGAAAGGAGCUGAAGAGGCAGCGAGGGGAGGACACAUGGAUUCUUCCUGAAGUGGACCAGAGGCUACAGCAGAUGGAGGAAGAGGGUUCUGUCAAGAGCAAAAAGAAGAAAGAGAAAAAAUCCAAGAAGAAGAAAGAGAAGAAGAAAAAAGUCAAGAAGGAGAAGAACGCAGGAGAAGGAAAUGACUCCAGUGAAAGUUCACACGACUCAGAAGGGGAGUGGGUCGAGGCUCAGCCUCAGCCUCAGCCUGUGAAAGCAUGGAAGGUUCCAGCGCAGCCCAAGGCUUCAGAAGGCGGCCUCAGCCCAGCAGAGGAUGUCCAGAGAGACGAGUGGAUGACUUUUGAUUUCCUGGCUAUGAAGACGACGUCCACUGCGGAGAGAAAAGCAGAGAAAGACCGACAGAAAGAAGAAGAGAGAGCCAAGGCUCAGGCCAUUGAACAGGCCGGUUUGCACAAACUGGAGCUAAACCCAUACUGGAAAGAUGGAGGAACUGGUUUGCCUCCAGAGGAUGUCGCUCAAACUGCAGCAAAGAAAGCAGGCCCUGUAGUGAAUGAUGGCGGCCUGAGCUGGCUGAGGAAGAGCUACCAGAGGAUGAAGGAGCAAGCAGAGCGGGAGCAGCGUAGCCUCAGCGAUAUUGUAGCUCAGAGAUACGGGUCAAUGGAGGAAUUUCAGAAGAGACUCGCCGACGCUGAGAAAGUUGUGCAUGGUGAGAGUCGAGGCAACAGAGAGCAUUCAGCGAGGGAAGGAUGGAGGAGAAGAGAGGAGGAUGACCGGGAGAGGUGGAGAGCAAGAGAGGAUGACGGGCAAGAUCGAGAUCGGUGGAGAAGAAGUGAAAGAGACCUAUCACCCCGGGAAAAAGCGAGUUACAGGAGGGGAGAUACAAAGGAGAGGGAUCGAGGAAGAGAAGAUGACAGAGGCCGAGACGGAGAGAGGGAAAGAGGGAGUGGACGAGACAGAGGCAGAGAUGGCGAUAAAGACAAAAAUAGGGACAGAGAGCGAGAAAGGGAUAGGCAUAGAGAUAAAGAAAAAGACUUCACCAAACGAGCAUCUUCAUCAUCAUCUGGAGAGAGUUGGAAUCAGCGCUCUUCCUCUCUUGGCUCACUAAAAGGUCGUUUCCUCAAACCAUCAGAGGAUGAUGAUAGUGUUGAAGCACAUCAGCGUCCUCCUCCAACUCGGCUGCCCGCCGGCUUUUUGAAACCGAGCGCUGAUGAUGAAGACUGUCCCCAGAAGCAGAGCAGUAUUCAAGCCUGGAAAAAACGUGCCGCAUCUGGCUGGGAACCCGACAGGACUGAGACUCCUCAGGAAAACAAAACCCAGCCAGAGGCGACCGGAGACACUCCUCAUGUCGCUUCAUCAGCAAGGACUGAGAACGAUAGUGAGGAGGAGGAGGAGGCAGAAGAAGAGAUUCCACUGCUGUCAGAGGAAGAGAUGAACAAACUGGGGUCAAAGCUGAUAAAGGCAGAGAUCAUGGGCAAUAGGGCAAUGGUUGAGAAACUGAAGUCACAGCUGGAAGCAGCUCAAAAAGCAAAGGAGAUUCAUGCUGUCAGAAAGAAGGAACAUGAAGCAGCUAAGUCGAAGCAGGUUGGCAGUCAGUCAAGGGAAGACCAGGACGUUUUGCUGUUCAGAACGGAUGAGUCCGGUCGGGCCUGGCCCGUGAAGGGUCCGUCUGGACCACAGGAGCCACAUGGUGGACGCCGGAAGAAGAAACCGAUCGAGACCCACGUUGAUGGGGAGCGUGUUCGCUACUUCCAGGAUGACGACAACGUCGGACUGCAGGAGAUGGUGAGGAGGGAGAAGAUGAGCUCUGCACAAGAUCAGCAUGCCCUUUAUUCACGCAUGGCAGCAAAGAUGAUGGGAAAGACGGACGGCGACAACUACACACUGGACGACAUGUUUGUGUCGAGCGCUGCACAGCGGGAGGGCGAGGGACGGGACGAGGACAGGAUGAGGAAAAGAGCUAUUGGGGAGAGCAGAAGGCUGGCUGUGUCCAUGGAGAAAUGUCCUCACUGUUUCAGCAGCCAAGAGCUGCCGAAGCAUCUUAUUGUGGCCAUAGGGAGCAAGGUGUACCUGAGCCUGCCUGCAGGAGUGUCAAUGACGGAAGGCCACUGUCUCAUCUGUCCUCUUCAGCAUCACACCUGUGCCACCGGAUUGGAUGAGGAUGUCUGGUCAGAAAUGCAGCUGUUCCGACGUGCUUUGGUGCGAAUGUUUGAGUCCCAAGAGCUUGACUGUGUGUUUAUGGAAACACACAUGAACCUUCGCAGAAAACAACACAUGGUCCUAGAGUGCAUCUCGCUGCCCAGGGAGCUGGGUGACAUGGCGCCCAUAUACUUUAAGAAAGCCAUCAUGGAGUGUGAUGAGGAGUGGGCUAUGAACAAGAAGCUCGUUGACCUCUCUUCAAAAGACAUCCGGAGAGCUGUCCCUCGGGGUCUGCCAUACUUUGCUGUAGAUUUUGGAUUGCAGGGAGGAUUUGCUCAUGUCAUUGAAAAUGAACAGAAGUUUCCUCAUUACUUUGGCAAGGAAGUUGUUGGAGGGAUGAUGGACUUGGAGCCACGACGCUGGAGAAAGCUUAUCAGAGAAAAUUUUGAUGAUCAGAGAAAAAAAGUCCUGCAGUUUGCACAGUGGUGGAAACCAUAUGACUGCACCAAGACUGAGGUCUAGAUGCAGCACACAGCUUUACCUGGAUGUUAGGAAUUUAAUUGUGUAAUGUAAUACUUUUUUACAUAAAUAAAAGAAAACCAAAUUGCUUUAAAUGUUGUGUUUUUGUGAUUUUGAUAAGAUAUGAUGAACUAAAGAUGACUUCUCUGUGUCAUAAACCUUAUUUACAGUCUGCUGCUCCCCUGUCUCCACCCGAUAAGUUUAAUUUCUUAUUUUCUGGUCUUUUGCCCUCCACGUCUGUCACUUAAUAAUUUGAGGUUUAAGUGUCAUCCCUGAAACUUGUGCAGGGAUAUAGACAAGCAUUUAUCUCCACCUCGCACCUUUUCUCCCGAACAAUCUGAAACGAUGACCUUACAUACAACCUCAUCAUCUUUUUUUUUAUUUUUCAAUUUGAGCAAAGCUAUUGGCUCUUUGAUUAGUUCACAACUUCAGAGGCUGAUCUUAUUUUUAGGUUUAAUCUUGGACUCUCAUUUGAUGCAUGGAUGCAGCUGACUGUUGGUGAAUUGGUGUGAGUAAUGGAAGAGGAUUACUAUGAUGUUUUUUUUUUAUUGCAGCAUUUGUACACGCAGACCUGUGUAGUUAUUCUGUAUCGUCUACAUUGUUAAACUAUUGCAAAUGUCCCUCUAAAAUAUGUUGAAAGUGACUUCCACUUUCCAAUCUAAGUUUUUGAAAUAAUUAAAACUUUAAUUGUCAAUGAUA